AUGGGAUCCCACGAAAAAUCAGAGAAUAAGAAGGCCAUGGAAUCUAUCAACUGCCACAAAUCAAACUUUUCACAUUGUUUAGGAGGGCUGCCAAUUGUCUUUUGCAUCAUGUUGUCGGUGUGUUCUAUGGCGUUUUGUUUUUUGGUAUUCUUCAAGACAUCGUACCUGGAGUACAGAGUGCAGACAUUGGAGAUUGAGAGAAUGUCCCUGAUCCAUCCCGAUGCAUUCGCGCAGGAUGAGAAUGGAACAGUACCUGGCCUUCAGGAAAUCAUUGAAAAACUUGUGCAAGAGGUGAGGGUGACUUUAAAGUGUAAUUUUAAAAAAAGGUCAAUAAACAUGUAUCAGACAGUGAUGCAAUAUUUUGAAGGAUGAUUUCCGUAAGAUUGCCUAUUUUAUCACAACAUUGUGGUAGCUGUUCACUAUAAUCAAGUAACUAGGGCUGUCAAACGAUAAAAAAUAGUUAAUUGCAGGAUUUGCUGUGAUUAAUCGCGAUAAAUGCAAAUUCAGAAUUUGCUCAAAUUGAGCUGUAAUUUAUGAUUUUUUUUUAUACAAAAAGCAUUAAAAGAAUAUUGACUUCUUGAUUUUGUCCAAGGUCAAAUCAGGUAAAUUGAUAAAGCCCACUUUCUUUAACCUCAAAGUCAACUUGUUUUGAUAUCGCAUUGUUUUUAACUUUAGAUUUGUUUUUAGCUGUAUAGAUUGUAUUUUUGAUGCUUUCAGACAAUGCGAUUAAUCAUGAUUCAAAGUUAACUGAUUAUCUCUGACAGCCCUAUUAGUAACAUGAUUCAUCUCUAGGCAAACUACUCAUUUGACACCUUAAUUCAGACUGAUCUCCAAAUUCAGUCAUUUGGGAUCCAAUUGGAGAUCCAUUCAAAAAUGGUUGUCAAUUACUACCACUAAAUAACAAUUACCAUGCAUGAUGAGCAGAUAUACUUAUAUCUAAAAUUUAACCUACAUUCAAAUAAACAUUAUGCACUGUGCAUUCUUGUUGUCCCCUUUCAGAGACUGACCAUAGCACUGCCCAAACUUCGCACUACCAGGGAGGUCAUUCAAGAGUGCUCCUGUCCUCCA